AUGUCUGUUUAUGUCAUCUUAGUACUGGUGUCAAAUAAUAGAAAUGGGCAAACCCAUGUCAGAGUCACAGGCUGCAUCAGCCUGCUGCUGCAGUUAUUCAGAACAACUCUCUCCACGUCUGAGAAGAAUCUGCCAGCUGAAAACACUGAUCCCUGCUAUCAGCUCUGGUCCUCAGUCUGCAGCACUCUCUGUGCCUGUGUCAACAACCCCCAGAACGAAGAUAAUCAGAACAUUUGCUGUUCAGUUUUUCCCUAUGCCAAAGAGUGGCUCGAGAGUUGCACAGAGCCUGACAUAGUUCGUCCCAUCUGUUCAUUUCUUGGUCUCACAAUUGCAAAUAACUCAUAUGUGCAGAAAUAUUUUGUUUCUAUUGGAGGACUGGAUACAUUAGCCAAAGUUCUCCUUGAGCUUAUGCAUGAUUCCUGUUUGAGUCACUCCAGCAUGAAACUUGCCGUGGUUGUAACAAAGACUCUGGAUGCCUGUAUUGCUAAUAACUCUGCCAUGGGUGUUGUCUUGGCAAAGUAUCACACUGUGUCAGAGCUGCUGAAGCUGCUGUCCAAUGAGACACUGAGCACAGGAGAAAAAAUCAGUAUUAUUCUAACAAUUGGACACUGUAGUGAAGUUUGUGGUAAGAUCUGCUUUUUCUUUUUCCUGUCUGUCAGCUUCUCCUAAAUUCUCAUCCACUGACUCCUCCAGUGGUGUCACUUCAUCAA